AUGGAAAUGUCUAACUAUUUAGAUAUGUCAGCUCUCGAAUUAUGGUCGGAGAAGCUCAGAAGCUCUACCUUGUCAGUUCUGCCUUUUGAUUUUGUUACUCCAAAUGAAGCAAAAGUCGUUGAGUCGACUUAUUCUAUUGAAAUUCCGGAGAGUAUUAAGAUCUCUUUAAGUCAAUUUACAUCGAAUCACUCAUUCAACGUUUUGUUGACUGCCUUUGUUACCCUCGUGUUUCGUUUAACUGGAGAUGAAGAUAUUGUUGUGGGUACUACGACUACUGAUGGUCUAUCUCAAUAUGUUCUUCGAACUAAUAUUACUGGUGAAACAAAGUUCAGAGAAUUGUUGAACACUGUUCAGGAAUAUGAGAAGUUCGCUCUGGAAAACCCGGUAUCUGUGGCUGACCUUACUGCCUAUAUCAAGAGUCAGAAUAAAGAAAUAUCGAGUAUUUACAGAGCGUCGAUUCAGUUAGGUGAAUGCAACACACAUUCGCGAUCUACGGACUUGAGUGCUUUCAUCCAACCUGACAACAAGCUGGUGAUUGCUUACAAUUCUUUGUUAUACAAAAAGGAGCGUAUAGUUAUUUUCGCUGAGCAAUUAUUUAAGAUUAUCAAUGAGUCAGCUAUGGCUGCUGAUAUUUCAGUCGGUGCUAUUUCCUUAAUAACGAGUAGGCAAUCUGUUCUUCUUCCUGAUCCUACUACUGACCUGGAUUGGUCUGGAUUUAAAGGGGCUAUUCAUGAUAUUUUCUCCAAAAAUGCUAAAGUACAUCCUGACAGACCCUGUGUGGUUGAAACCGCAAAUUUUUUGGAUCCUGAAUCUAAAGACCGUACUUUCACUUACAAGCAGAUUGAUGAAGCUUCAAAUAUUUUAGCUCAUCAUUUAGUUAAAAGUGGUAUUGUCAUUGGCGAUGUAGUUAUGGUUUACGCAUACAGAGGUGUUGACCUUGUUGUCGCUGUAAUGGGUGUUCUUAAGGCCGGUGCUACUUUCUCUGUCAUAGAUCCUGCCUAUCCUCCAGCUCGUCAAAAUAUUUAUCUUAGCGUUGCUAAGCCAAAUGCAUUGGUCGUUCUUCGCAAGGCUGGUCUUCUCGCCCCUGCUGUCACUCAAUACAUAGCAGAUGAGCUUGAUCUUAAGACUACAGUUCCUGCUUUAGAGAUUCUUGAUGAUGGUAAACUCAUUGGUGGUGCUAAUGAUAGCUCUGUAGAUGUUCUGGCACAUGUGCAGGAUCUCAAAUCCUCAAGCACCGGAGUUGUCGUUGGCCCAGAUUGCAAUCCUACUCUAAGUUUUACCUCUGGAUCUGAAGGUGUGCCCAAAGGUGUAAAAGGUAGACAUUUUUCUCUUACCUAUUACUUUCCAUGGAUGGCCAAGACCUUCGGAUUAAGUGAGAAUGACAAAUUUACUAUGCUCAGUGGCAUUGCCCAUGAUCCUAUACAGCGAGACAUUUUUACACCUCUCUUCCUUGGUGCACGCCUUCUUGUCCCUACCAGUGAUGAUAUUGGUACACCAGGAAGACUGGCUGAAUGGAUGGGCACACAGGGAGCUACAGUCACACACUUGACACCUGCUAUGGGGCAAUUGCUCUCUGCUCAAGCCACACAUGAAAUCCCAUCUCUUCACCAUGCUUUUUUUGUAGGCGAUGUUUUAACAAAGAGGGACUGCUUGAAGUUACAAAACCUUGCACGCAACGUGUUUAUUGUCAACAUGUACGGAACCACCGAAACGCAGCGAUCAGUGUCCUAUUUUGAGGUUGCCUCUGUGGCCAAGGAUUCUAGUUUCUUGCAGUCUCAAAAAGAUAUUAUUCCUGCUGGAAAAGGCAUGUUGAAUGUUCAAUUGCUAGUCGUAAAUAGACAUGAUCGCACUCAGACAUGUGGUGUUGGUGAAGUUGGUGAAAUUUAUGUUCGUGCAGGUGGUCUUGCUGAGGGUUAUUUGAAAUUGCCCGAUAUGACAGCUCAGAAGUUUGUCAAAAAUUGGUAUGUCGACAACGAAAAAUGGGUUGCAGCAGACAAUGCAAAGGCUAGUGCCGCCACAAGCCCCGAGCCUUGGCGUGAAUAUUGGUUUGGUCCUCGUGAUAGACUUUAUCGUACUGGCGACUUGGGCCGAUACUUACCUGAUGGAAAUACUGAGUGUACUGGACGUGCCGAUGAUCAAGUCAAAAUCCGUGGUUUCAGAAUUGAACUGGGUGAGAUUGAUACUCAUUUGUCCCGAUUUCCUCACGUUCGGGAAAAUAUCACACUGGUACGUAGAUCGAAGGAUGAAGAACCAGUAUUGGUGUCUUAUAUUGUGCCUCAUAAUCGUAAAGAAACUGAGGAGUUUAUGUCUGCUCGCGAAAGUUUAGAUGAGGAAGUUGAAGGGGAUGGCACUCAACCUGAUUAUGUAGUCAAAGGUCUUGUUCGUUACAGAAAACUCAUCAAGGAAGUGAAAAACUAUCUUCGUGGUAAGCUACCAAGCUAUGCGGUGCCCACUGUCAUUGUGCCUCUGAACAAGCUGCCUCUUAACCCUAAUGGUAAGGUUGAUAAGCCAGCUUUGCCAUUUCCCGACACGGCUCAAUUGGCUGCCGUAGCCAAAAGGACUGAAAAGCGCGAAGAUUCGGCAACUGUAAAAUUUUCUGAGAUGGAAUCUAAAGUCAAGGAUAUCUGGUUAGAAAUUCUUCCACAAAGACCAUUAUCUGUUGAACCAACCGAUAGCUUUUUUGAUCUUGGCGGUCACUCCAUUCUUGCCACUCGAAUGAUCUUUGCUGUCAGAAAGAAGAUGAUGCUGGAUAUUCCUCUUGGUUUGAUUUUCAAAGCUCCUACCAUUGCAGCCUUUGCGAAGGAGCUUGAAAUUGCUGGUGGUAACAAUAUUAUUGACCCGUUUAGUGCUAACGAAUCGGCGCCCUCGGAAAAGCAAGUCGCCAAAACGUAUGCAGAGGAUGCCGAAAAUCUUUCUAAGGAAUUGCCUGCGUACCUGUCAUUAGACAAACCUUUGAAUCCAUCUGCUCCUUUAACUGUCUUCUUGACUGGAGCCACAGGUUUCUUGGGAUCAUUCAUUAUCAAGGACCUGCUUGAACGAAACAAUGACAUCAAGAUCUAUGCACAUGUGAGAGCCGCUGAUAAAGAGAAGGGAUUCGACAGAAUAAAGAACUCUAGCAUUGCUUACGGAAUCUGGAAGGAUGAAUAUGCUACAAAGAUUGUGCCUGUCAUCGGAAAUUUGGAGGAGAAGCAUUUUGGUCUUGCCGAAGAGCAGUGGUCUGAAUUGACUUCUUCUGUUGAUACAGUAAUCCACAAUGGUGCUCUUGUUCACUGGGUGUACCCGUACUCGACUCUACGUGGGCCCAACGUCAUCGGAACAAUCAAUGUUAUGGAUCUUUGUAGCUCAGGUAAAGCCAAGUAUUUCACAUUUGUUUCCUCUACCUCUGCUCUUGACACUGAUUACUUUGUAGAGUUGUCCGACACUCUAAUUGAGGCAGGCGGUGAAGGCAUCCUAGAGUCAGAUCUGCUUGAAGGUUCAAAGACCGGGCUUGGUAAUGGAUAUGGCCAAUCCAAGUGGGCUGCAGAGAAGAUAAUUCGAGAGGCCGGAGAGAAACACGGUUUAAGAGGAACCAUUGUUAGACCUGGUUAUAUUGUUGGUGAAUCUACUUCGGGUGCUACCAAUACAGAUGACUUUUUGAUCAGAAUGUUGAAAGGAUGUAUCCAGUUGGGACAAAUUCCGAACAUCAAUAAUACCGUCAACAUGGUUCCAGUUGAUCAUGUAGCUAGAGUUGUAACGGCAUCUGCGUUCCACCCUGCUCAUAGCGAACUAACAGUCUCUCAUGUUACAGGCCAUCCUAGAUUAAGAUUCAAUCAGUUUUUAAGAUCCCUUCAAAGUUUUGGAUAUACUGUCGAGGAGGUUGAUUAUGUUCCGUGGAGAAUUGCAUUGGAGAAGUUUGUUGUUGAGGGCUCUAACGACAAUGCUCUGUAUCCACUGCUGCAUUUUGUGCUUGACAACUUGCCUCAAAGUACGAAGGCUCCAGAACUAGAUGACCGAAAUGCCAGGACGUCACUUGCUGCAGACGCUUCCUGGACAGGGGUUGACCUAUCCGCAGGAAAAGGUGUUGACAUUGAGCAAAUGGGUGUUUACCUCGGGUUUUUGGUUGCAAUUGGUCAUUUGCCCAAGCCCACACAACAAGGUACUCAUGAACUCCCCGAGGUUCAUGUUGACAGCUUGUUACUGGAAAAGCUAGCUUCUGCAGGAGGAAGAGGAAGCAGUAAUUAA